UCAUCCGGUACAGACACCGGCUGAAGCUGAAGGUCUGUAAACCACAUGCAGAACGGAAGUACCUGCCUUUAAUAUUUUUAAAACACCACAUUUAAUAAGUGUCCUCCGUUUUUAUGUCGCGCUUUGAUGCUUUAGGUUUGUUGCUGUUUCUAAAUCUGAUUUUUAUGCGUAGGGUUAGUUUCAUGCUGCUUGUUAAAGUUGGCUAACAUUAGCAACCAGACUUGGUUACGAAGUUUAAACCCUCUCUGUGCGUGGAUUCAUCUGUUUGUCCUUCUCUAUUAGUAGUUAUUAUAAUUUUACGAUAUAACAAGUCUAAUACGUGCAUUAAGAGAAUCUAUGUGGCAGCAUAUUAUAGGUAACAGAGGUUGAGUCAUGGUGGUGAAGAAGAAAACUACUAAAGUGGAAGCGGUGGCAUUGGAUGAGGAACAGUUAUGCAAGCUUACAGCUUCCCUCUCUGUGAAUGGAGGAGAAGAUGGAGUCAACCUUCUUGCCCAGACCCUGCAGUCCUGUUUAAAGCUGACUGAUGCCGUGCAGCAGAUCCAGCUGAUUAAAAAGGCAGGGUCCCAGUUGGAGGCUCUGAAUGAGGAACAUGCUGGUGGCACACUGGAUGCUUGUCUGAAUGCCCUAGCCCUGGUCUACACCUCUGUGCAGGCAAAGAACCCCCUGAGACGGGCUGUUGCCAGUGCCUUGAGUUCAGUACCAGAGUGUCUUCAGUGGCGAGUUGUGGACAGUCUGUCCACCUGUUUGUCUGACUGUCUGUCCAGUCCAUGUUCAGAUCAGCAUCCACACAUCAUAGACACUAUCUCCACCUGCCUGGAUGGCUUCCCCCUUGGUGAGAGAUGCGUUAACAAGCUGCUGCUCAAAGUGUUAAAAUUCAUCUGCAAGCUCUUACAUGAAUACCUUCACCAGAACCGUGGUCUUGCAGGCCGCCACAUCGCUCAGGCCCAGCUGAUGCAGUCCUGCCUUGCUGUGGUGAAAACCUCCAUGCUGGUGCUUCAGAGAUCUCAGGGCGCCCUUAGUGAAGUGCUGCAGGCUCAGCAGGACACGCCGGGCAGCCUCCUGAGCUGCUACAUACACAUCCUGUUAGACGGAGAGUUCAUUCAGGCGAUUCAGAGCACAGCAGGCAUGGCUGUGGUGUUGCUCAUCAGGUCUGUCAUGGGCUCUGGAGACGAAGUCGCUUCUGUGGUGUGCGGUUUGCUGCGUAGCUCAGUUCAGGGUUUGGAACCGGCCCCUCGGUGGCUCCAGCAGAGGUGCGAGGCUCUAUGCACGAGUGGACGGCCUCCGGGUGUUUCUCUCUAUCUGUGCCACGGCGCUUUGGCCAUGUUGAGCUGGAAAGGUUCGCUGCCUGGGCCUCAGUGGGAGGAACUGCUACUGCUGGUCCCAAAGACGCUGCUGGAUCUGGAUGUCAGCAUAAAGGAGUCCAGUACAGCGAUGGUGGUGGCUCGGGUGUUGACCCUGUGGAGUGGUGCUGCCCUGGACUGCCUGCAGGAGGAGACCCAACUCUGUCCCCCCAGCCUCCAGGUGGCAUUCUGUGGAGGCUCUGAGCUGCAGCGCCACCUGCUGGAGCACAUCUACUCCCACUGGGAGCAUCCUUUAGACGGCGUCCGUCACCAAACCCGCUCCCUGUUCCACAACCUCCUCCGCCUGCAUCAGCACACGAAGCCGUCCAGCUCCAACGCAGCUGAGGAUCCGUACAUCACGGAGCUCACUCGCAGUCUGCUGGGCCUGGAGUGGCACAUGCGGGGCAAGUAUGGGUCUUUAGGCUGCCUGGUGGAGCUCCAUGGGGCAGAGCACCUGCUGAGCAUCCAGCCCCUGCUGCCUUCAUAUCUCCUGGACUUGAUGGGCGAUCAGACCCUGGCUCCUUACGCCAGCGACCUGCUGGAGAGGCUGUUCAUCAGCCACAAGGCACAACUCGCGAGAGAGGCCUCGGAGGAGACGGGGGAUUGGAUGGAGCGUUGGCACAGAACGUGGGUGAACCCUCUGCUGCAUGUUCUGUGCCACACCAGCCCAGACCAGACCACCUAUAUACUGGACUACUUCCUGCCCAAGCUGCUUAGAUGCAGCCCCUCCAGUCUGGCACACAUGGUGCAGGCCCUGCAGGACAUGCCGCCCUGCAGGACGGGUCUUUCAUCCAGCAGAGGAGCACUGGGAGCCUUGAUGACCUGCCUGCGGGCAGCCAGAGCCCAGGGUGUCACAUCCUCAGAGGAGGGCCUGUGGGGGGGAUUGAUCCCACUCUCCCUUCUGCAACAAGCACUGAUCCACAAACAUGAUCAGGUGAGGAUGGACGCUCUGGGUUUGGUGUGUGAGAGCCACCGCAGCACGGAGGUUCUGACCUCACAGGAGAUGGAUCUCAUCCGCCAUUUCCUCCCUCCCAACCUCAACAGCCAAUCACCUGGCGUCAGACAGCAAACCGUCAGCCUGCUAAAGAAGUUGCUCUGCAGGGUGAAGGACAGCAGCCAGCUGCUGCAGAAGAGACUCGUCCAAGAACGAGACCAGGAGGGCCGAGCCAAAGGCCAACACUCCCUGAAUCAGUACAAGGAGUUUCUUCAGUGGCUUUGUGGGAACCUGCUGGAGGUUUUACUUCCUGGAGCCUCCUUCUCUAAAUGCCUCAUGUCCCUCAACCUGCUGAAUCUGCUGGGUCAGCUCUUCACCUUCACUGCUGAGCCCGACGUGUUCGCCCUUGGUGAAGUGGUGACCUCCAUGCAUGCUCAGAAUGUCCUCUACUGCGUGGCCAGCAAUUUCCUGGAAGUCAAACAGCUGGCCACAUCGUUACUGGGGAAGCUUCCACCAUCCACUGUUGGACUUCAGGUGCCAGAGACGAUGCGCUGCGUUCUUCAGGCUGCUCUGGACCUCAGCACCAGCACCAAACCCUAUGACAGUGUUACAGCUGCCCACCUCCUCCACCUACUGCUCCAGCAGCCAGAGCUGAUCCCGGUUCUGCUUCGAUCGGCCCAGGAUGUAGGUCUGGACCUCCAGAUCUGCCCCCCACUGGCUCAGGCAUCCGAGGUUCUCGUCUUAGAGCUCAACACACUGGCUGUGGUCCAGUUCCUGCUGCGCUGUCUGCAGACAGAACUGUCGGGAGCCGAGUUGUCUCUUCUGCAGGCAGCUGCUUCGUUUCCGCUCUACGGCAGAGCACACUGCAUCACUGCUGUGCUGCAACAUCUGAACACUGAAUGUUUGAGUCAGAUGGAGCAGUGGAGAGGUCUGGUGUCGGAGCUGAUUGCUGUGUGCUACAGGAUGUCUGACGUGGUAUCCCCUGUGGUCCAGAGCUCCUCCCCAGAGGGCCUCAUCCCCAUGGAUACUGACUCCGAGACGUCUGGAGGUCUGCAGAGGAUCCUGCAGGAGAUUCAGCCCAGAGACACCAAUGACUUCUUCAACAGCGCCAGAGAGCUGGAAACGCCCCAAGAAGAUGAUGGAACUCAGUCCCAGACCCCACACACACCACCACUAAACACAGACAGAGAAGGCUACAGGGUGACGGCUCAGAUGGUGCUGGUAUGUUGCUGGCGGAGCAUGAAGGAAGUGGCCAUGCUGCUCGGGCAGCUCUGUCAGAGUCUGCCUCUGCACUACACCAAUGAAAAUGAGCUGACACACCCCGGGCUAAUCACAGAAGAGCAGGUGGAGGGGGUCGGCCUGUACUUCCGCCAGCAGCUCCUGCAGUCCCGGCACCGAGGAGCCUUUGAGCUGGCUUACGUGGGCUUUGUACGACUCACCGACAUGCUCUGCAGAAGCGGGAGUCGGGCCUUGCAGCAGCUUCCCUCCCGCUGGCUAUCCGAGGUUCUGGAAGAGGUCAAAUCCAGUGAUCCGACAUCGAAACUGUGUGCCACACGACGAAGCGCUGGAAUACCCUUCUACAUUCAGGCUCUGCUCUCCUCUGAGCCAAAGUCAUCCAGCUGUAGUCUGCUGAAGAUGACCAUGGGGGAGCUGAUCACUCUGGCCGUGCCGUCUGCUGAGAGCAACACCAACAGCUCCACUGUGCCUCAGGUGCAUGCUCUGAACAUCCUCAGAGCUCUGUACAGGGACACUCGUUUGGGGGAAAAUAUUAUUCCCUUUGUCUCAGAUGGAAUGCAGGCUGCUAUGUUGGGAUUCACUUCUCCUGUUUGGGCGGUGAGGAACUCCUCCACUCUUCUCUUCAGCACCCUGAUCACAAGGAUCUUUGGAGUGAAGAGAGGGAAAGAUGAACACUCAAAAAAGAACAGGAUGACAGGUCGGGAGUUUUUCACUCGUUUCCCAGCUCUCUAUCCGUUCCUCCUGACCCAGCUGGAGGAGGCUGCAGCCACUGUGGAAAGUGACAGUGGUCACGUUAAGCUCCACCCUAGCCUGUUCUUGCUGCUGCUGGUGCUCAGUCGCCUCUACCCUUCUCCCAUGGAUGGAUCAUCUUCUCCUUUGGGACUCGCUCCUUUCAUGCCCUUAAUUAUGAGAUGCAGCCGGUCCGCUGUGUAUCGCACCCGAGAAAUGUCGGCCCGGGCCCUCGUCCCCUUCGUGCUGGUCACCCAGGUCCCCUCCACUGUCCAGUCUUUACUGCAGGAGCUCCCUCCAGAACCAGGACCCAAAAUCCAACACAACCACAUCCAUGGCACUCUGCUGCAGGUGCUGUUUCUACUUCGCUCCUUCCAGACUGACUCACACAGACCCCUGCCAGCAAGAAGUGGCAUCGAAGAGGCCCUCCAUCAGCACAUGUGGCUCGCUUCUAGGCAGAAUUCCUGUUUGGUGACCAGAGGAGCCUAUUUAGACGUGUUGAUGUGUCUUUGUGGGUCAAAGACCAGCCUUCUGGAAGAUCCAGGGGCCAGUGUUCUUUGUCAGACUGCACUCUCAGUUCUCAUGGCCUCAGAACUGAUCACCUCCGACCCUUCCUCGGCUCCCCUUGGCCCCGGCACCACGCAGUACCUCCUCAGCCUUGCCCAGGUGGGCCUCAGUGCAUGUGUACGCUUUCCUGAUCGGUGGAGAGGCUUUGAGCAGAGAAAGCAGCUUCUGGACAGUCUGCUGCAUAGUCCACAGUAUGAGGUGAGGGACCUAACAUUGGAGGGCAUCCUGAGAAAGCUGCAUGAGGAGGAGGAGGAGGAAAUCAAGAGUAGCCCUCGGUGGCUCGACGAGACCGCCGUAUCUGACCUGACCAACAUGGCUGUUCAUGAGACACAUCACCAGUGUUUGGCAAAGGUCCUGCAGGUGUUGUGUGUGUUGAGCUCCAGAGGUGAGCUCUCGUGGAAGAAUGGUGCAAAGACUUUGUCCCAGAAGGAGGUCCUGAUGCACCUCCUUACUCUGGCUCAGAACUUUACUCACAGUGUGGAGCUCCUCUCUGGUGCGCUGACGCUGGCCUCCCAGCUGGUGGUGGAGCUGGUGAGCUCUGAUCAUCAGGAUCCAGCUGUAGUGGCGUGUUUAGUUCACUGGGGGGCCCUGGUGUGUUCAUGCUGUGGAGAGGACCAGCCUGUGGAGGUGAAGCUGAUGGUUGCCAAGGUGCUAGUCACCUGCUCAUCCUCCCUGAUGACCAACCCUCAUCUGUCACUAGGUUUCCCUGCUACCGUGUCGCUGUGGAGGAGUCUGUUCACGCUGCUGCAGGAUGAAGAUCAGGAUGUCAGAGACUCUGCUUCCGACUUUACCUCCAGGGUGCCAGCUCACCUGCUCAGUAAAGAUGUUCCAGGUGUGUCCAUGUGUCCUCCAGCAGCUUUGGACCUGGGUGUGGAGCUCCUGUGUGGGACGUUUGAGCUUUGGGGGCAGCUGGGUGCCGGGUUUCUUGCCCUCACCCAGUGGCUGAUGGGAGAGGAGGAUGGCAAUGAUGAGGAGGAGGAGGCAGAUCCAGCUUCCUGUCUGGAUGAAGAGGACUUCCUGUUUGAGAAGGGCGAGCUGAACCUUUGGGCCGAGCCGCUGCAGUGGGUGAAGCUGCUUCACAGGCACCUCUGCUCCCUCAUCGUCACGUUAGAGCAGAACAAGGGAACAGGAACUGUGGAUUUUGACCAGGUCCAUCAGAUCCAGACCCAGGCCCAGGCCAAAGUCCUCAUCUCCCAGCAGGCUCUGAACCGCCUCCCAGCACUGCCGCAGUUCUCCUGCACCAGGGAGCACGCUCGGCUGACUCUGCGGCACCACAGGGCGGAGCUGGUUCUGGAUGUUCUCAACAGGUUCAAGUUAACGAAUACAUUUUUUUAAAUUCCAGACAUUUUUAACAUUUUUUUAACCUGCUACAUGCUGCUGGUUUUGUUUUAAGUCAUUGUUGAAUGUGUUUUUAUUCAUGUCUUCACCUUAUUAAAACUCGUUUUUUUUAAAUCAUUUGUUCCUAUUUCCUGAAAUGAAACUCAAUCACUCAUUUCUCUAUUGAAUCUUUUCAGUUUUUCACCUUACCACCCCAACCUUAUUGUAUUUUAUUAAGGUUUCAGGUGAUAGACCAACACAAAGCGGUGCAUAAUUGUGAAAGGAUAAUACUCUGCUGUGCAUGUGUUUUCAAGCGCCUUUUAAUCUGAUACCACUAAAUAAAACCCAAUACAACCAA